AUGUUUGCCAAAGGAGGAGAUAUAAAGGCUGAGGCAAUACACCCAAGAGUGUUUGGUGGUUUGGUGUGGAUCCUGGUGGCAUCGGCUAAAGUUGAUCCGGCUAACCCUCUGGGCUGGGUGAUGUUUGUGUCUAUCUUCUGCUUCAUAAUGACGACACUCUGGUUCUUCAUCUUCCUCUGUGGAGGCAAUCAGAGCAGCAUCUGGCCAGCACUGGUGAUGUCCUAUGUGGCCACUCUUCUCUACUUCCUCCAUGCCAUAUUCUCUGCCAUUCGAUGGAAGAGGUCCUAAAACAAGUCACCAACUCAAGAGAAAAACAACAACAACAACAACAACAACAACAAAAAGAAUAAUCACAUAGCUUUCACAAAUACAUUGAGAGGAAAAUUAUUUUUUAUGCAUUUAUUUUGAAUCAAUAUGCCCAAACAUCAAAUUCAUGAAAAAGUGGAAAACACACUCAAACAAAAAUUACAUUAUCACAUUAGCCUACCUCACAAUUUUCAAUGUUGUUUUUUAGAAUCCAUCCAUGAGAAGUGAGAAUUACAAGUUGUCAGAAUUAAAUGUUGUUUAAAGAAGAUGGAUGAGUGUAAAUAACUAAUGAAAUUACUAAUCUAAACAGAAGCAGGAAUGAUAUUAUCAUAACUUUUGAUUUAUUUUCACUGUAACUUUCAAUAGUAUACAAUUUAAAAGCUCAGCUCACAAAUUUUAUUGCACACUCACACACAAAAAAACACAAAUGCAUUUUUUAAAACUCAUGAUCUGUCCUAAUUUUCUUUAAAUAUAUUUCUGAGACAUUUCAAGAAAAAAAAAAAGAUGUUUCCUUCAGUUUCUGUAAGUAAACCACGUCAAUGAUGCUGGCUUAAAGACAAAUCUUUCUGCAUCUACCAUACUAGUAACACACUAGUAACAUGACCUAAUAUGAUAGCUGAAAUUUCAAUAUUUGCUAUAUAUCUGUUUUGCCUGAAUUAGAUAGUGGAGAGAAGAAGGGACAAAAAAGGAAAGACAUACAGCCUUAGGCUAGAGUUUAACAGAAUUGCAUCUAACCUUGUGGCAUACAGUCACCUGUUCAUUGUGUGAGCUAAACCAGCACCACAGCGUUUAAAUAUUUCCAACAUUUGUCACACGACUUACUUCUACAGCUUAACACAGUUAGACUUUUAGUUUGUUCUCACAAAAAACAUUUAUAAAACUGAAGCAGGAAAAGCGGGAGGAUUGUGACUUUAGUUCCUACAGAAGACAAGGCCAACGAUAAAUGGAAUGGGCCCUAUAUUUCAUCUGUUGCAACUUGAUGGGCCGAGCUAAAAUAAUGAUCACUUUGAUGGUGAUCUACCCAUUUAUUCAGCUAAAGUGAGAGCCGCUACAAGGGUAUGAUUGGACUGACACUAGAGGCAUUGUCAGAUGCAUGUGUUGUUGUCUAUAGUUCCGCAGUGACUGUGUUUACAAUGUUAAAUUGUCUUGGAUUAGCAACACUUGAGUUUUAUUUAUAUAGAUAUAUUAAUUUGUUUCAUUGUUUCUUUGCUCUCGUCUUAUUUCUUUCAAUCAUAGAGUGAUG